CCACCGGUCAUCGUCUUCCACGGAACCAAAAUCCGCCAGCAAGCAAAGCACGUUUGUUCUUCACUCGUUCUCCUCCUCCUUCCUUCCGUCCCGGGGCCGUCCCUUUUCCCCGGGGAAAUCGCCCCGACAAAACCUAAUUCUCCCGUCCUCUGUCUGUAAUCAGCCCAGAAGAUCUUCUCGAUCGCCGGAACCCGAUCUCUCCGCCAUGGAUCUCCUGCUCAUGACCGAUAAUCUGACGUCAGCCGCGGCGCGAGGCCUAGGGUUCGCAAACCUCAUCCUCCUCCGCCGAUCCAUGGCCUCCGUCUCCCUCUCGGAGCCCUCCACCGACCAAUCGCCUCCCGCCUCCUCGCCUCUCCAGAUAUCGACCGCUAUCUUCCCGCCCGUGCAGUCGAACUCCUGCAAGACCCUCCCUCGGAGAAUCCUUCGGAAACGGCGCAGCACGAGGCGGAUUUCCUUCUCCGGAGACGACUCGGACGGCGUGGGAGAUUACGCGCCUUACGGAGAUGACAGCGCCGGCGGAUAUGGUCCGUUCGAUGGAGGGUCUGGAUUCUACGGUGGUGGCAGCGGAGGUUGGAGUUUUGGCGGGUACGGUUCAGAUGACUCGUCUUCCCGGUCACACCCAGGUUCGAGGUUUGCUUUCGAUUUCAUUUACGAGGUCAUAUGUUGGAUUGCGUUGUCGAAUUGUGUGCACUUCGCUUUCAAGAAAGUGGUGAGGAUUGCGGCCGAUGUGGUUGCCGAUGCGGGUAGAGGGAAGGUUCCGAUUAGACUGACAGCAAUGUGUUAGGCAUUCUAACAUUGCCGAUGAAUGUGAUUAAUCGGAUGAAAAAUUUAUUGCUGAUAUCAGCAUCUAAAUGUGGAUAUUGGGCUGGGUGUGCUCAUGUCAUAGUUCGUAUGUAAAUAAUGUAUAUAUUGCAUAUUCAAUGUAACCCGUUGUAUGAUUCCGUGUCGCUGCAGACUUACUCCGUCGAUGAUCUGUAUAUAAUUCAGUCGAUCAAUUGAUCGGUUCAUUGAGCUGAGCUGA